AUGUUCUCUACCCCUCUUCACGCCUGUCUCUUGGCCGCGACUCUCUUCUUCAAUCUCUCCUCCGCGUUCCCUCUCAUGAGCCGCGACGUGCAGUGGUCCUUUACUCUCUUCCCGUCGCCGUCCUGCAACGGAACCCUCGGUGACUCCCAUGCCGGAUCCGGCAGUACAGGCUGUCGGGCCGAUCUCCACAGCGUCGCCUCGGCCUACACCCUGAACUCCGUCGCCCAGGGCUGUCAAAUUGAAUUCUUCGACAACACCAUGUGCGACGGGAACGAGCUGUCCGAUGUCGCGGAUCAAAUCACGGCCGUGCACACUUGUCGCAAGUCUGAGGCAAGACGUCGCUACGGUUCAUACCAGGUCACCUGCGAGUGA